AUGGUUACGCAAUUUUUACCUUACUUGUCACAAGAUUUGACAGAACUUAAUAAAAAGAACUAUGAUUUUAUAAUUAAAGUUGGUAAUAACGAUAACGGAAAAGAAUUUUGCGCACAUUCGAUUAUUCUUGAAACAAGAUCAACUUACUUUGAAGAUGCUCUUUCUAAUGGAAAGGCAAGAAAAGUGAAUAACAAUUUUAUUUUGGAUAUUCCUGAUAUUUCCGUUAACUUGUUCAAUAUUUUAAUUAGUUACAUUUAUGGUGGUACCAUUAAUAUUGAUCAUAAAGAGGCUGCAGAUAUUUUGAACCUUUUAAUGGUUGUGAAAAGCUCAAGCUUAAAGAAUUUCAGUUUUAAAUACUCUGAUUUCACCAAAUUACAAAAUUAUUGGACAACAACUAUUUGCGAGCAAUCUGAAAUUCUAUUCAAUGCUACCAAUUUUACAUCUGUAGAGAAAACUAUAGAUGAUUUUAUACCUAAUGUUAGAUUUUAUGAUAUCUCAUCCGAUAAUUUUUAUCAUAAAAUCAUGCCUUAUAGUGUAAUUCUUCCAAAAGAUUUAUAUCAAGAUCUUUCAAUAUACCAUUUAUUAUCAAAUUGGCAACCAAAAUUUAAUAAUCUUAGACCAAGAGAAAACAAUAUAACUAUUGAUUCUAAACUGAUAAAUGACGAACAAGCAGAAUUGAUUUCUUCUUGA